CUAGACGUUUGCAGACGUCCUUCUAAUCCUGGUCUUCGUUUGGUCCGGUUGCCAUCUCCCUUUCACCUCGAAGGCGGGCGGGCUUGUGGCCAGGAGAAGAGGAGGAGGAGCCAUCCCAUCUCUGCCGUGUCUCCUGUGUCUGUGGAUCUUGCGCCUGAAAGCCAGUUCAACCCUAGGAGCAGGAAGAAGAGGAAAACUGCCCUGAAACAACUGCAGCAGAGCCUGCUGGCUGUAGCUGAAGACUCCGCAGCCCCAUCUCCCCCGCAUUUCGACUUGGCAGUACUCCUCUAGCCAGAGCAAGUCCUCCAGACACCCCCUGUAUCAUGGGCCGAACUCGGGAAGCUGGCUGCGUGGCUGCUGGUGUGGUGAUCGGGGCUGGAGCCUGCUACUGUGUAUACAGGCUGACCUGGGGAAGAGAUGAGAACGAGAUAAUCUGGAACGAGGACGACGAUGAGGAGGAGGAAUCUCGCGAUAUUUCAGAGACUGGGAAAGGAGCUAAGGCUAAUGCUGGGGCGGGGGCUGGAGCCAGGCUUCAGGGUGACUCAAAGGCCAAGGCUGAGGUAGCUGUGGAACUCAAGAGUGGGCCUGAUGUAAAGGCAGAGGCCCACUCAAAGGCCGAGAGUGGAGGUGGCCUAGAGGCCAAGGCCAAGGCUCUUUUCAGCACCCUGAAGGAACAGGCAAGUGCAAAGGCAGGUAAAGCUGCCAAGUUGGGUACCAUCUUUGGGACCAGGGCUCUCGCACCUGGUUUUCCCUGCCUAGGAGUCAGGGGUGGAGGCUGCCACCCUGUGAGGAGUGGAGCCAGGGCUGGGAGCAAGGAUAGUGGCAAGUCCAAGGGAAGGACCAGAAAUAAGAGCACCAGGACUCCAGCUAUGUUAUGGCCUGUUCGAAAGGGCAAGUUCAACUUUCCCUAUAAAAUUGAUGAUAUUCUGGGUGCUACUGACCUUCAAAAGGUCCUUAACAUCUUAGAAAGAUCUAACGAUCCUUUUAUUCAAGAAGUAGCCUUGGUCACUCUGGGUAACAAUGCAGCAUAUUCAUUUAACCAAAAUGCCAUUCGUGAAUUGGGUGGUCUCCCAAUUAUUGCAAAACUGAUAAAAACGAAAGAUCCCAUUAUUAGGGAAAAGGCAUACAAUGCCCUUAAUAACUUGAGUGUGAAUUCAGAAAAUCAGGGCAAGAUUAAGACAUACAUCAGUCAAGUGUGUGAUGACACCAUGAUCUGUCGUUUGGACUCAGCUGUGCAGAUGGCUGGUCUAAGACUGUUAACCAACAUGACUGUGACUAAUCAUUACCAGCAUUUGCUUUCCUAUUCUUUUCCAGACUUUUUUGCUUUGUUAUUCCUGGGAAAUUACUUCACCAAGAUUCAGAUUAUGAAACUAAUCAUAAACUUUACUGAAAAUCCAGCCAUGACAAGAGAACUGGUGAGUUGCAAAGUGCCGUCAGAAUUGAUUUCCCUCUUUAAUAAAGAAUGGGACAGAGAGAUUCUUCUGAAUAUCCUUACCCUAUUCGAGAAUAUAAAUGACAACAUAAAAAAUGAAGGGCUUGCCUCAUCCAGGAAAGAAUUCAGCAGAAGUUCACUUUUUUUCUUAUUCAAAGAAUCUGGAGUGUGUGUCAAGAAAAUCAAAGCGUUAGCAAAUCACAGUGAUCUGGUCGUGAAAGUAAAAGUCCUGAAGGUAUUGACCAAACUCUAAUUAGCAGUCUGUCCCCAAAAAUAUCAAGGAAAUUUGUUUAGUUUGAAGUUGGGAACAAUGCAUUUUGUAAAUUCUUUAUUUUUCACUGUGCUUAUAUGGCAAAAAGAUCCUCUCAGCUGCUAUUUUGGAAUAAUGACUGUUACAUGUCAUCAACAGUGAUGCUGACUGUGAUGGUUUGUUUUAGGCUAGAUCAUUUUAAGGAUGUCAGAUGAAUACUAGAGCUUGUACAAAGAAAGCAUUUAUUGAUUCUAUCUUGCUACCUAGAUUGAGAUAUUUUUACUCUUUACUUAAACUGACAGCAACCU